AAGAAGUUAUCAUCAUUUUUUGUUAAAUAUAUCAUAGUGAUUAAUAAGUAUGCAUUUUCUUUAUUAUAGCUGAAUGGUGAAACAACUAUGGCGACGAAGGUCCACAUCUACAAAAGAUUGCUGUUAAAAUUUUAAGCCAAACUUGUUCUUCAUCAGGUUGUGAAAGAAAUUGGAGCACAUGGUCAUUGAUUCACACAAAGUUGCGCAACCGUUUGGCAAUGAAAAAGUUGCAUAAGUUAGUUUAUGUGCACUACAAUAUGCGACUUCGAGUUAAGAAUUUGAUGCAAGAGCGAAGCAAUGAAGAUUUAUACAAUCCAAUUGAUCUGAAUCAUAUCUUUAAUGAUGAUGAUAUAUUAGAUGAGUGGAUACGAGAAGGAGAGGAGCCUAUUUUAUCAUCUGAUAAUUUGGAUUGGUUGGAUAAAGGUCUUCCCACUAAUGAAGAAGGUAGAGAAAGAGAUGUUGAUUCCCGUCGUAAAGGUAAGGCUUCUAGAACAAUUUCUUCAAGUUCUAGUAGUGAUGAUGGUGAUAAUAGGGGCAGUAGGCGGGGUGGUGGCACUAGUGGGGGCAAUAGAGGAGUUGGUGGCACUAGUGAGGGUAUUGGGGGAGAUGGUAGCACUGGGGGCGGUUAUGUUAGUCAAGUAGAUCCUGGCAUGUCAUGGGCACAAGGAGGUGAAAAUUACUAUGCCACACAAGAUACAGAUCAUGGAUAUCGACCAGGGAUAUGGGAACAACGAAAGCAUUUGGAAAGACUAACUACAUUUCCCAGCGAUGAUGAUUAUUCUAGUGGGCAUGAUUAUCAUAGAUCAAAUCAUCACCGUAUUGAUGAGCACUUACAAAAUUUGGGUAUAGGAUCAAGGCCAUAUUUCAGAGGGGUAGAUGAUAGAUCAUAUCAAAACUUUAGAGACCGUGAUAGCUCUUCCAGUACUUUUAGUAGAAAUGAUUUUAAUCAAUUUCCAAUGAUGCAUCCAGAGGGAUAUUCAAAUACUGGAACACGAGCUAGUGACUCAUAUGGAUAUGAUCAAUCUUCUAGUAGCAGUAGCAUUGCUUAUCGAGGUUUUGGAUACUAUCAAGCUGGUGUUGAUCCCGAACAGCCUUCGAAACCAUAUUUUCCUGAUUAUGGAUCAUCAAGCGAAUCAUCUCACCCACCAUAUUUGAGUUAUGAACCACUCUUUCAAUCAUAUCCUCACUACGGGAAUUGCCACCCCAAUUUGUAUGCUCGUCGUAAGACUGAUGAUGAUGAUGAUUUUGAACCCCCUCGUCAUUCAACAUGGAAUUGAUUGUUGUAUUGUAUGUGUUGUUAGUAAAAAUGUUAUUAUAUUUGAAAUAAAAUAACUUUCUUUUUAUUAGCAUUAUCAUAAAUAACUUUGAGUAGAUACUUUUAUAACUAUUUAAAUAAUGUUAAAUGUGAGACAAUUUUAUUUUUUUAAUUUUUUUAGCUUAUUUAAUUGUAUAUAUUUUUCUGAUGAUUUACAUAAUAUUUUUAUAUUUUUUUGAAUUUUCUAAUUAGCUUAUUUUACGUAUCACCCGAUACCAGGCCGAUACACCGAGACCGAUACGCCUCGGGACCCUCCGAGUCAGUGACCGAUACCGCGACUUUGAACCAUGAUUUGCAAAGCAUGGAAAAACUGUAGACGAGGAGAAGGUGCAAAGGUGGAGGGCUGCCAUGACUGAAGCAGGCUCUCUAAGUGGUUGGCAUGUGAUCAAGGAUCAUGAGUAUGAGUCAAAGCCUAUUGAGGAAAUUAUUAACCACAUCCUCAAAAGAUUGAAUCCUAAGUUUUUGCCUAUUAAGGAGCACAUGGUUGGAAUGGAUGUUCACUUGGAAGAACUAAAAUCAUUGUUAAAAAUGCAGUUGGAUGAUGUUCGCAUGGUUGGGAUCUAUGGAAUUGGUGGAAUUGGCAAAACUACUAUUGCCAAGAUGGUUUAUAAUGACAUCCUAUGUCAAUUCAAUGGUGCUAGCUUUCUUGAAGGUGUCAAAAAUAGAUCCCAAUGUAACAAUGAUCGACUUCAAUUACUGCAAGAACUUCUUCAUGGCAUUAUGGAGGGUGGACAUCUAAAAUUAGAAAGUAUUUAUGAUGGAAUGAAUAUGAUCAAGGGUAGACUUGGCUCAAAAAAGGUUCUUGUUGUUUUUUAUGAUGUCGAUGAUUCGGACAAAGUACAAAGAUUGGUUAGAAGCUAUGAAUGGUUUGGUCCAGGAAGUAGAAUCAUCAUAACGACCAGAGACAAACAAUUGCUAGAUGAGUAUGGGGUGCAUGCAUCAUAUGAGGCUAAAGUGUUAGAGGAUAAAGAAGCUAUUGAACUCUUUAGUUGGCAUGCCUUCAAAGUACAAAACAUACGUGAAGAUUAUGUAGACAUGUCAAACCGUUUGGUAGAUUAUGCAAAAGGCCUUCCUUUAGCCCUUGAAGUUUUGGGCUCUUCUCUUUAUAACAAGACAAAAGAUGAAUGGAAAAGUGCAAUAGAGAAAUUGAAAAAAAACCCUAACAGGAAAAUUAAUGAUAUGCUUAAAAUAAGCCUUGAUGGGCUUGAUGAUUCUCAAGUGGAGGUUUUCCUUGAUAUCGCAUGCUUUCUCAAGGGAGAAGCUAAAGAUUGUAUAUUGAGAAUAUUAGAUGAUCAUGCAGAAUAUGACAUAAGAGUUCUUCGUGAUAGAUGCCUAAUAACUAUUUCUGCCACGAGGGUACAAAUGCAUGACUUGAUACAACAAAUGGGUUGGUCAAUUAUUCGUGAAAAACAUCCCAGCAAAAGGACCAGAUUGUGGGAUAUAGAUGAUAUUCAUAAAGCAUUAUCUGCACAAGAGGGAAUGGAACAAGUUGAAGCCAUAUCAUAUGACUUGUCUCGAUCAAAAGACAUACAGGUGAAUAAAAAGGUUUAUGAAAAUAUGAAGAAACUAAGAUUUCUCAAACUCUAUUGGGGGGAUUAUCAUGGUUCUAUGACGAAGACAUAUAAAGUGUUCCUUCCCAAAGACUGUGAGUUUCCUUCUCAAGAGUUAAGAUAUCUUUAUUGGGAAGCAUACCCUUUGCAAACCUUGCCAUCAAAUUUUAAUGGAGAGAAUCUUGUUGAGCUCCACAUGAGAAACAGCACCAUAAAACAACUUUGGAAAGGGCGUAAGGUUCUUGGAAAGUUAAAGAUCAUUGACUUAAGUGACUCAAGAUUGCUCACCAAAAUGCCAAAUUAUCAAGCAUGCCGAAUCUUGAGGAGCUCUACCUCGCCUUUUGUGAAAGGUUGAAGAAAUUUCCUGAGAUCCGUGGAAAUAUGGGAAGUUUAAGGAUACUUUAUUUAGGUCAGAGUGGAAUUAAGGAAAUACCAAGCAGUAUUGAGUACUUGCCAGCUCUUGA